CUACAACCUGUAAGUCAAGUUUUAGUUGCCUAAAGGCAUUGGCAAGAAGACACGGAACCGCGACAGUUCGGUCCGGUCCGAGUUCUUGCCAGUUGGAUUGGUUUCCAAGCCACACAGCGUAGUUUGUACCAAAACAUCAGCGAGUGCAACUGCAUGUCUAGUGAUUUAAUAGCGCUCAUCAUUGUGUCAUUUGAAUUAGAUAUUCUCCUGGAUUACUUCGCUCAUUUGUGUGUGUGUGUGUGUGUGUGUGUGUACAUUGUGGAGUUGCACACCUCAGUUUGGCCUUCGAAACACCGGAAAUUGAACAUAAGGGUUCUUUUGUUCCACGAAGCCAAUCUUGAUAAGAAGGAAAAAAGGUAGAACUGGUUCUGAACUUCACAAGUUUCACUUUCGGUCGUGAUUGCAGACACAGCAACUCGACUCGCGUUGCGGGCAAAAAUUAUCAGAAGCAAUGUCCGCUGUUCUUCGCUUGACUGUUACCAAAUGUCGUGCUUCGGGAAUCGUCGUCAUUUUUAUCGCUUGUCUUAUGGCCGUUGGUCUUUCGGUCUACUUUCUCGCUGGCCGCGCUUACCCAACGGCAAACAGCUGUUCGGUUUCACCAAAGAGGCCGCUUCCUGCUUUCGGAGCUGCGCCUAAAAUCGCCCAGAGUGUCAUUAGAUUACCUCGUACUCUUCUACCUCGCCACUAUGACGUCCGCCUCUUGCCCAUUUUAGAAAAGGGCAAUUUCACUGUCUUGGGUCGGGUAGUCAUCGAUCUGCAAUGCGUAGAAGAAACAGACCGCAUCGUUCUCCACAGUUCAGACAUCAAGGUUGAUCUCAAAUCUGUACAGGUCAUUGAGCAAGGUGAUAUGGCAAAAAAGAUGUUGUCUUUAGAAAGUAUCGAUUACGAAACGAUAACAGAGUUUCUCAUCAUUCGUUUAAAUACGAAGCAUAAAGUCAAGCUGGCCAAAAGAACAAACUACACGCUAUCGAUGGAUUUCGUAGGUAAUCUAACUGAUACUUCAGCCGGAUUUUUCCGCUCUGUUUACGUGGAAGACGGAGUUGAAAGGUACAUGGCCGUGUCCCAAAUGGAGCCAACGGACGCUAGACGGGUUUUCCCAUGCUUCGACGAGCCAAACAUGAAGGCCAUUUUCACUGUCACCAUUGGCCGUCAUCGGGACAUGACGGCCCUUUCCAAUAUGCCUCUAAUCGAUACCACUCCAAUUGAUGGAAUGCAGGAUUUCUAUUGGGAUCAUUUUGCUCCGACUCUGUUGAUGUCAACGUAUCUAGUGGCGUUCGUGGUGGCUAAUUUCACGAAAAUUGAGGCUGAUGUGGGCAAUGCGAAUUGGAAAUUCAACAUCCACGUCCGCACGUCAGCCGUCAGCCAAGCUCAAUAUGCCAAAGUCAUAGGACCUAAAACUCAGGCAUUUUACGAAGAUUAUUUUCAAAUGCCAUUUCCUCUGCCUAAGCAAGAUAUGAUUGCCAUACCCAGUGCCUUCGUCGGAGCCAUGGAGAAUUGGGGUCUUUUAACAUACGGUGAGAGUGUCCUACUCUACGACGCAGAUGUGUCUUCCUUGGACGAUCGUCAAACAGUGGUCGAGUUGGUCACUCACGAGCUGGCUCAUCAAUGGUUUGGCAAUCUGGUAACGAUGGACUGGUGGAGCGAUUUGUGGUUAAAAGAAGGUUUCACCAGUUACAUCGAAUGCCUUGCAGCGGAACACGUUGAUCCUAGUCUGGAGAGGUUAGAACAAUUUGUGACUAGUUCGCUACACACAGUCAUGCGAUUGGACGCACUCGAAUCCAGCCAUCCUAUCAGCGUACUAGUCAAUCAUCCUGACGAAAUCGGGGAAUUAUUCGAUGACAUCUCCUACAAGAAAGGUGCCGCCAUUACUCGUAUGCUGGCCAAUUUUAUCGGUGCCAAGUCGUUCAGGAACGGACUCACCAAUUACUUGCGGAUACAUCAAUACGGCAAUGCAGUGCAAGAUGAUCUCUGGAACGCGUUUGACAAACAAGCCGAACUCGACCAUGUUUUCCUACCCACCAAUGUCAAAACUAUUAUGGACACGUGGACACUUAAGAUGGGUUUCCCAGUUGUAACAGUUCAACGCGAUUAUAACAGUCAGAACGUUACAAUAACGCAGAAACGAUUUUUGGUUCGCAAAUCUAAUUCUACCACCGCCGAUCCAACCGUCUACCUUUGGUGGACACCUUUAACUUACACGACAGACUUCCGGACGAUUGGAUCUACCUGGUUGGCAGAAAACCAAACAUCAAAGAAUCUCACAUUAGAAAUUGAAAUAAGAAACGAUGAAUGGGUCAUCUUUAAUGUCAAUGAAACAGGAUAUUACCGCGUCAAUUACGACGCCCGCAAUUGGCAAUUGAUUGCCAAACAAUUGAUGACGAACCACACAGCCAUUUCGGUCAUUAAUCGAGCGCAAAUCAUGAAUGAUGCCCUCAACUUGGCAAGGGCAGGUUUGCUCAAUUACGAGAUACCCCUCAAUUUAACAAAGUACUUGGAACGGGAAGACGAAUUUCUACCGUGGGAAGCCACGUUAACAGCGCUCUCUUACCUGGAUUCAAUGAUGCAGCGAACACCUGGCUACGGCCUCCUCAAAAAUUACGUCUUGAAGAUUCUGUCACCACUUUAUGAAUCUUUGGGAUUCAUAAACAGAAGCAGCGAUUCCCACUUGACAGGCAAACUACGUCGCAAAGUUGUAGAUUCCUGUUGCUCCAUGGGCCAUAAGGAUUGCAUCACAAAAGCCACAGAUUCCUAUCAUCAAUGGAUGUCUGAUCCUCAAAAUACUACGAUCGUUCCUGCCAUGCUGAAACGAGUCGUCGUCUGCACGGCCAUACGUCACGGUGGUGAGAUGGAAUGGGAUUUUGCGUUCAAACGUUUCCGUGACAGUAACGUGGCAAGUGAAAAAGCUACUCUUCUUUCCUCGCUGAGUUGCACCCAGGAAUCCUGGAUUAUUGCCAGAAUGCUAGAAAUGUGCUUGAGUCCCACUACUGGAUUUCGGACGCAAGACGCACUCGACGUAAUCAAAACGUUGGCGGGCAAUCCCAUCGGUCGAUUCUUGACAUUCAAUUUCAUGCGUGAAAAAUGGCUAGAAAUGACGAAAAUUUUCAGUUCAAUCCAUAAUUUGGCUCACGUUUUCGAAUCCGUGACGAAGGCGUUCAACACCGACAUGGAAUUAAAAGAGCUGUCAGACUUUGUUGGAAGGAACAAGGAACUUUUGGUGAGCGCGAUGACACGUUCUACUCAGCAAUCGAUCGACAGAGUUAGAAGCAACUUGAGCUGGAUGAAACAAAACUAUCGGCAUGUCGUCAAUUGGCUCCAAAAAGCCAACACGGAUGCCACCUUUCAACGUAGUACCUGAUCAGUUGUCGCAACUGGAAAUACACAAUUCGUUUUACGC